AUGGGGCUGACUGAUAUGGGUGCCUUUUAUGAAUAUAUCAAAAAUUCUCUUCAUGUCGUUCUGUUUAGGAAACAGCUGGCGAAUAAGAUCAGUAGGCUGAAGAAAAAGUACAGGAAAAAUGCAAGAAAUGGCAUGAAUCCAUUUUUCUCUAAUCCCCAUGAGCGCAAGACAUUCGAGCACUCAAAGAAGAUAUGGGGUAAUGGUGUAUACAUAGCAGCAGCUAGUUGUGGAAUAAAGGCUAAUGGAGAAAUUUUUUUGUCCAUGUAUCCCAGAUUGAAUGAGUCAUUGCAGUGGGUAAACCAUGGGUUAUCAGAGUCUAGGAGGAACUUCUUGAAGGAAGAAUAUGGUGAAGAUGAAGAUGAAGAUGAAUCUGUGAGUGACAAAGCAGAAGAAGAAGAAGAAGAUGAUGAUGAUGAUGUAGAUGAAAAAGUGGGAAAUAGCCCUCUGCCUAUUGACAAGAGAUCACCAGCUGUCUAA